AUGCGGUGGGCGACGAUCAUCGCGGUCGUUGUCUUCACAGUUGAAGCUCAAUAUGAUCCAGUUAUAUCAUCCUCAUGGUCAGUUUGGUCUCCGUGGUCAUUCUGCUCGAAUAACGUCAUGAUUCGAGUUCGUGCUUGUUCAACAGUUCGAGGAUACAAAUGUAUUGGACAUAAUAAGGAAUUUCAAUCUUGCACUUCACCACCUCCAAGAAAAAAUAAUCUAGACUACGAGGAUGCGGAAUCAGCGGAUCGCGAGAUCGCCAUGAGACAGUUAUAUCAAGAUUAUGAGCCUGAUACACCUGAAGAAGCAAAAUCUACAAGUCGAGAAAAUCGAAAUUUCCACAUGAUUUCGGCAACAUCUCCGGUAUCUCCACUCGAUCAGCCAGCUUCUUUCGAGUCUUUGGAGAUUGAAGAUUAUCCCGAAAGACGACGAGUUCCGCAACUUCCAUUUUCGGCAUUCCCAUCAUCGAGUAAAGAGGUGGUAACGACACAAGCAAUGACAACUACAACAACGACAACCGAGAAACCUACUACGACCACGACAACAACAACCGAGACACCGACAACCACGAUUACAACCGAAGCUCCAUCUACAACCACAACCACCACAACAACAGAAGAGCCUACAACAACUUUCACAACCACACAACCUAAAAUCAUGACCACAGAAGAUAUAGUCAUUACUACUGACGAAAUUCCAGUUACUGUAACUCCUGAAAUUCCGUCGUUCGAAGGCACUGAAUUUAGUGGGCGAUAUACAUUGGAAUCGCCUGAUCCACUUCCAACAAUCACCAACAAUUUGGAGCCAAUGCCUCCGGGAACACCGGAAUCGUUUCCAAUCACGCCAACAGAAUCGGAAGAAUAUAGCAGCAGCAUUCAUAGUGUCGGAUCGUAUGCAAUUCGAAAAGAGCCAACAGCACCACCAAGAAAAAAUUACGGAAAAAUUCGCAGAGCACAAGCGACGACGAUGGCAACGUCUGAGACACCUAUAACACCUGAGCAAAUUGUAUAUACGACUGAGACACCUAUAACGCAUGAGCAAAUUGUGUAUACGGCUCCAGAAGGCACCAAAAUUGCAUUGGUUACGUCGCAGCAGAAUCUCCAAACUUUUCCACGAUUUAUGAAUGAGCAAAGACAUCAUCCAAGAUUCCGAUCGAGAGUAAUUCCGAAUACAUCUGAGUUACCCAAAAUUAUUUCUGAUGAAACCGAAGCGAUUCUAACCGUCGAAAUUACCAAUAAACCUCUGAAAAAGCGAAAGAAGAACCGCCGUCUGAAGAAAAUCAAUCGAUUGGCUAAGAAGGACAAGAUUGUCGCAAUUAUUCCAACCGAAAUUGCUGUUCCCGCUUUGCCUUCAGUUGUCGCUCAGGUAAUUAGUUUGUUUAAUAAAAAAGGAAACAAAUUGAUGCCAUGA